AUGGCGGCCAACUACUGGGUCUCGACCCAACGCAAAUUCUGGACAUUUACACCGGAGAAGCUGCUCGAGAUCCGUGAUGAUCUGGAGAAGGAGAACUCCAAAAUCCUGGAACAGUGGCCCUACCCCGACAGAAGGCUGAUGUUCAUCUUCCUGAGAGACAGGAUCUUACAGCUGGGCAAGAGGCUGCAGUUCCGCCAGCAGUGUGUUGCCACUGCCAUGGUCUACAUGCAGCGCUAUUUCCUCUCAACCCCGAUGCAAAACGUCAACCUCUACCUUCUUGUCGCGACAGCUUUCUAUCUCGCCUCUAAAACCGAGGAGUCACCCCACCACAUCCGCCUGGUUGCAGCCGAAGCACGCCAGGCAUGGCCCGAAUUUGUGCCGGGGGAUGUCUCGAGGCUCGGGGAGAUGGAGUUCUGCCUCAUCUCGGAGAUGCGCUCACAAUUAAUUGUCUGGCACCCCUACCGCUCCUUGAUUGCGCUGAAGGAGAAUCAAGACCUCAAGUUGACCAAUGACGAACUGGGCCUUGCUUGGUCCAUCAUCAAUGACAGCUACAUGACCGAUCUGCCGCUGACAUGUCCUCCACACCUUAUUGCCAUCAUUGCAAUGUUCCUUGCGGUGGUAUUCUUGCCGUCUGCCAAGGCGGCCGGCACACUGCGUCCCUUGCCCCAUGAGACCCUCUCAAACCCGGACCCCGGCCACUUUGCAUCUCUUGGAGUCGCCGGCCGCCAGAGCCUGUCCGCCCCCUUCAGUAGCGUCCUGGGUAAUCUGCAGAUGUCCAACCAAUUAGCCGCUCAAGGCGCGGCCAAUCUCAAUGGCAAAGCACCGUCUCUUGGUCAAAAUGACCCAGCUUCGCAGCAGCCUUCAGACAAAGGAAAGGCGACAAUCUUGACCAAAGAGAAUGAGAAGUUACAGAAUACCAUGAAAUUCUUGGUCGAGUCCGGCAUCAAUAUUGAACAAAUGAUCGAGGGCACCCAGGAAUUGAUCAGUCUGUACGAUAUUUGGGAGCAGUACAACGAAAAGUCAGUCAAAAAAGCCGUUGCUCGAUGUAUGAAGACGCGUAAAUUGGAUAGCUAG